AGAGACAGAGGGCUUGUAUGAGACGAGAGAGAGAGAGCGAGACAGAGAGAGAGAGGGAGCAGAGAAAGAAGCCGCAAGGAAGUUAGAGCAGACUUAAUGCCUAGUAAUUAAAUGGGGACAGGCGGACAGAGGGACUGAAGCAAAACAGAGAAGGACAGAGAGAUGCUGCAGUGAGACGUGUCAGGGACAACCUGUUCUGAAGACAUCUAACCAAUCAGAGACCGUUCUCAUUUGGCAACUACCAGAGAGCAUAGCGGGGCCAGAACGCACACAGGUGGAACUGCAGACAGGUGGACACUCAGACAUGCUGCCUGUGUUUCUGAUUCUUUGCGUGGCUGGAAACGUUUGGGGGGCCGGCCCUGGAGUGCGGCGGUACGGACGGAUCCAGGAAAGGUUGGGUCCAGCCACGCUGCUGUGCCCCUCUUUGUGCCACUGUGAGGAAGAUGGGAUGGAAGUCAUGGUGGACUGCUCAGAGUCGGGACUAUCAUCAGUGCCAGCCGACCUUAGCCCCCUCACCACAUACCUGGAUCUGAGCAUGAACAACAUCAGUGAGAUCCAACCCGGAGCCUUCCACAAACUGCACCUGCUGUCAGAACUGCGUAUCUCAGGAAAUCAGCUGAGGUAUAUCUCAGGUCACACGUUCCAAGGUCUCCCCCACCUCAAAGUUCUAAUGUUGCAAAACAACCAGCUGGAGAGACUUCCUGAUGAUGCACCGUGGGACCUACCCAACCUAAUGUCGCUACGUCUGGACGCUAACUUGCUGUCGGAGGUUCCUGGUGGAGCCUUUAGAGGGGUUCGCUCUCUGAGACACCUGUGGUUGGACGAUAACUCAUUAACUGAGAUUCCAGUGACAGCCCUGGACUCUCUCCCAUCCCUCCAGGCCAUGACUCUGGCCCUCAAUCAGAUCACGCACAUCCCAGACCGAGCGUUCACCAACCUCUCCGCUCUUGUUGUCCUGCAUCUCCAUAAUAACCACAUCCAGAGCAUGGGUGCGAGAUGUUUUGAAGGUUUACAUAGUCUGGAGACACUGGAUUUAAAUUAUAAUGAUCUGCAGGAGUUCCCUGUGGCAAUCAGGACACUGAGUAAGCUUCAGGAACUGGGCUUCCAUAACAACAAUAUCAAAGCCAUUCCUGAGAGGGCCUUCGUGGGAAACCCUCAUCUCCAAACCAUUCAUUUCUAUGAGAAUCCCAUCCAGUCUGUGGGAAAAUCUGCUUUCCAGUUCUUACCUAAGUUGCACACACUUUCCCUGAACGGAGCAAGCCAGAUACAAGAGUUUCCUGAUCUGAAAGGAACCACCAGCUUAGAAAUUCUGACUCUGACUCGGGCCGGACUCUCGGCUCUGCCUCUCGAUCUGUGUGAGCAGCUGCCUCGCCUCAGAGUGUUGGAGCUCUCUUACAACCAGAUCAAGGAUCUGCCCAGCUUUUACCACUGCUCAGCACUGCAGGAGAUAGGCCUCCAGCACAACCAAAUCAGGAGAAUAGAGUCAAACACCUUCAAGCAGCUGACGUCUCUAAGAGCGCUUGACCUGUGUUGGAAUAUGAUUGACUGGAUCCACCCAGAUGCCUUUGCUUCUCUUCACUCCCUGACAAAACUGGAUCUGACUGAAAACCGUCUUAGCUCAAUGCCAGUUGGAGGUUUGGGGAGCCUGACCCACCUCAAACUGAGGGGCAACACAGAUUUAUACGAAGCCUUCAGUCCGGAACACUUCCCCCGUAUGAGGGUGAUAGAGAUGCCUUAUGCCUACCAGUGCUGUGUGUAUGGUUCAUGUGACCCCUACAAGCCAGGCACUCACUGGGACACAGAGAACAGCGCUGAUGAGGACCUACACAAGAGGACUGUAGCCAUAUACCCAAUCCACGGAGAAUCCCACUAUGAUCCUGACCUGGAGGAGUUCCAGCUAGAAAUAGAAGAAUCCAAACUACAGACCAGUGUCCAAUGCACGCCGACUCCAGGUCCUUUCCGUCCCUGUGACUCCCUCCUGGGCAGCUGGCUGGUUCGGGUGGGCUUGUGGUCCAUCUCCCUGGUGUCUCUUCUGGGGAACUCCCUCCUCCUGCUCUCACUCUUCAGUUCACCCGGUUACCUCUCCCCGCUACGCUUCACUGUGGCAUGCAUGGGUGCGUCCAAUCUGCUUACGGGUGUGUGCACGUGUACCCUCGCCUUCAUAGACGCUCUGACUUUGGGAGAGUUUGGUCAUCAUGGUGCCCGUUGGGAAGGCGGUCCUGGUUGCCAGGCGACGGGAUGGGUCUGGGUGUUUGCUUCCGAGGCGAGCGUGUUGCUGUUGACUCUGGCAGCUGUGCAGUGCGGCGUGAGCGUGACGUGUGCCCGGGCCUAUGGAAAAUCGCCCUCUCUUGGGAGUGUACGGUUGUGUGCACUCUUCUGCCUGACACUUUCCAUCACCUUGGCGUCUCUUCCUCUGGCAGGAGUCGGGGAGUACGGGUCCUCUCCGUUCUGCCUUCCCUCACCACACCCUCCCCCAUCUUCUCGGCUGCCGUCCACCCUGGGCUUCCCUUUGGCGCUCAUUAUGAUGAACACCCUGUGCUUGUUGAUCGUCACAGGUUCAUACAUCCGCCUUUACUGGGAGUUACUCAGGGGAGAGUGUGAGGGCCUAUGGGAUUGUGCCAUGAUCAAACAUGUCGCCUGGCUAAUAUUCACCAAUGGCCUCCUCUAUGUGCCAGUUGCUUUCCUCUCCCUGUGUUCCCUCCUUGGCCUCCUCUACCUUGGAGAAGAAGUGUUGAAAUCAGUCCUCCUACUACUCCAGCCCCUACCUGCAUGCCUCAACCCCCUCCUCUUCCUCCUUUUCACACGAGACCACUCCCAGUUUUUCUUGUGUCCUCGACCCAAAGCACGGCCACAGCUACGCCGGGACCGCACCUUCGAGUCGCUGGUUUCUGUGGAGACGGAGAAGAGCUCCUGUUCAGAAUCAUCAACACAGGGAUCACUAGCUGAUGGCGAAGCUCUGUACAGUGGAGGGUCUUCUUUUCAAACCCACCUGGAUCCAGUCAGAUUUUCCCACUGCUCCUCCACUUCCUCUGUUCCUCUCAUCCCUUGCCAGAUAAGCCCUUCCAAUGCCAAAGACAGGGACAGAGUGACAGAAAACCUAAACAAUGAUGACUGCCUCAAGAGUCAGGGUGCGAUUCAGAACAUGUGCUCGCUAUAUCACUUGCCCGUGACCUCCUCUCUCACCUCUCAUCCGUGAGCUACCAAAGCAAGCUGUCUGAAGAGCUACUAUGGACAUUCAAGGGCCAUCAUCAAGCAGAAUCAAGACUGGAAAAUCAGUCAUUAAGCACCUCAAAAUGAGUCAACAGAGACUGCGGAGCACUAAGAGUCUAAGACAACACAACCAAGCGCCUCUGAAAACAGAGAGCACAACAAAGACUCAUCAUACAAGUUGAUGAAAAGAUGCAUCACAAUAUGGCAAGACUUUUCCAGUAAAGGACAUUUUCUGACACUUUCCAAUAGAAUGCAUUAGUCAUGGACUUGCAUGGCAGUGAAAAAAAAAGAAAGUUAAUAAAUACAUGAAAAUAAAAGCAUCAGACAAAUCAAUGGAUUAGUCGAGGACACAUUAGGCAGAAUCAGUAGUAGUUGGUUUAUUAUUAUUAUUGUCUGUUUUUACCAAAAUUUCUUAAAAUACACAGCAGAUUACAGUUUGGUCACAUCUUAAGUUCCAGUUAUACUUGUUUUUUUUAAUAAACUGUCUGUUUGCAAGGAAUUCUUUAUUAUUAUAAAGGGAUUCAUUAAUGGACAAACCAGGUUAUUUUAACAGAGUAAGCUAACACUUAUCAUUCACAGAAGCAAUUAUCAAACAUGUUUCUGUGGUUGUGUAACAGUCAUCUUUUUUUAAAGUCACCAUUUAUCUGGCAACAAAAUGCAACAGUAAACACCUCACACUUAGGUAAGGUUUACAUGGUUUUGUCUCAAAUGCGCAACUCUGGCACCGGGCAACGAUGGGAUGUACCCAUUAUUCUGCAGACAAUCACAGUAGGCUAGCAACAUGUAUAUACAAUGUAACUACCUCUGACGUAGCAUGAUAUUGACUCACAAACAGCCCUUUCUAUGUUUCUCUUUUAUAUGAUAAACAACAAAUAUAUAAUUUUAUAUAUUAAGAAAUGAAUCCUUAGUUUGUAAAAACUGUUUUAUUAUUUAGGAUGUACAUACUUUGUAUACAAUUGUCAAGCAUAUGUUUUAAUAAAUUUAAUAUCUUUAAAUUCUA